UUAACCCGCGCCGCUGCCGCACCGCCGGCCCCAGCCCCGACACCGGCGGCGCGCUCGGUGCCACCGGAGGCUCCGCGCUGCGGCUCGGUUGGGCUCGGGCACCGCCGCCGCCUUCGCGAUGCUGCCCCUCGGCCUCCUCCUGCUGCUGCUCCUCGCCUGCUGCGGGGCCGCCCGGGGAAACCUCUCCCGCGACGAGAGCCAGCCCACGACGUCGGAUGAGACCGUGGUGGCCGGCGGUACCGUGGUCCUCAAGUGCCAAGUGGAGGAUCCCGAUGACUCCUCGCUGCAAUGGUCCAACCCUGCCCAGCAGACCCUCUACUUUGGGGAGAAGCGAGCCCUGCGGGAUAACAGGAUCCAGCUGGAGAAAUCCACCCCCAACGAGCUGACCAUCAGCAUCAGUGACGUGGUGCUGUCGGAUGAGGGGGAAUACACGUGCUCCCUCUUUACCAUGCCCGUGCGGACUGCCAAGGCCCUGGUCACUGUGUUGGGAGUCCCCCAGAAGCCGCAGAUCUUCGGGCACGAGCAGCCCAUCGAUGAGGAGAAGCUGGCGCACCUGACCUGCCGCUCCUCAGGCAGCAAGCCUGCAGCACAGCUCCGCUGGAGGAAGGGCAACAAGGAGCUCAAAGACGAAGGCACCGAGGUGGUGGAGGAUCCCAAUGGGAAGACCUUCACCGUGAGCAGCCGCGUGGAAUUCCGGGUCACCAAGGAGGACAACGAGGCCGAGGUGACCUGCACCGUGGACCACGAGUCGCUGCAGAACGCAGAGAGGUCCACCACGCAGAAGCUGCAGGUUCACUACAAGCCGACAGCGAAGAUCGAGCCGCAUCCGCAGUACCCGCGGGAGGGCGAGAAGCUGCAGCUGCAGUGCGAUGGGCAGGGCAACCCCAUCCCCCAGGAGUUCCUAUGGGAGAAGGAGGGCAGCGACGCUCCCCUGCAGCUGAGCUCCGACAGCGUCCUCAUCUUCCCCUUCCUCAACAAGAGCGACAGCGGCACCUACGUGUGCACGGCCACCAGCUCCAUGGGCAGCGUCGUGGCCAAGUACAACUUGGAUGUCAGCGACGCCAGCCCCGUGCCCUCGACGUCCAGCACGUACCACGCGGUGAUCGGCGGCGUCGUGGCCGUCAUCGUCUUCCUCCUGCUCAGCCUCCUCAUCGUCCUGGGCCACUACCUGAUCAGACACAAAGGUAUGUGCAUAAGACACGGGGAGACGGUCACAUCCAGACACCGGCCAAAGCCAGCAGAGGUGAUGUGCACAUACCUGACCCACGAGGCCAAGGGCUCGGAUGAUGCCCCGGAUGCCGACACCGCCAUCAUCAACGCGGAGGGCGGGCAGGCGGGCGGCGACGACAAGAAGGAGUAUUUCAUCUAGGGCUGAGCGGGACCGAGCGAGCCAAUGGAGCCAGCGAUGGCGAUGGAAACCAGAGCACGACCCUAACCCAUUGCACCCCCUGCACUUACAGCCCCGGGCUGAGGGAUGCGGGACAGGGGAGCACAGGAGCCACCGGCCUGAGCCGCGCCAAUGAUGCUUGAACUUGGCCAACCCCUGGUUUCCAGGAGCGGCGGCCCCGGCCCCGCUCGCUUGCUUUGCGCCUCCAUCCCCGUGAGUGAGCGAUUCCCCCUCCUUCCUUUGGACCUUUGCUUUGGUUUCGUGGCUGCUCUUUUGCUUUGGGCCCUCGGGUGGGAGCCUGGGCUGGGGUCGGUGUCGCUCUUUCCUUCGUUUCGUUCCAGUUUGGUUUCUUUUGAGGUAUCCAAGGAUAAAAUCAGCUCCGGGCUCAGGGCGGCCCCGGUGUCACCAGCGCUCGCCCAUCCGGAGCCGGGAUCCCGGUGUUCCCUCCCGGAUACGGCUGCUGCUGCGUGGUGGUGGGAUGGGAACCGGGGCAUCACCGCCACCGGGAGGGAGCCCAGGCCCCUUGCCCUGAUUUUAUCCUUGGUGGUUCUUGUCCAACAGUGUCCAUAUGGGAGGAAGCUGUCCUCGUGUGGAACGUGUGUGAAGGGGGAUGAGCUUCCAGGGUGGGAUCCGCUGAGCCCCCGGAGAGACUGGGAGCUGCUGGGAUUGCAGCUCCCCGGUCCCACCCCAGCGGGAGGGGGGAGGGAGGAGCUUUGGGGGCGAAUCCAGAGGAAAAAGGGCCCCAACUUUAUACCAAGUCCAUUGGGAACCAUCUAUUCCAAGGUCGAUUCACAACCAUCUAUUGAGACGUUCAGUGCAGGAGGCCACCGGCCCAGUGCUGGACCCGCGGGAGCUGAGCUGGAGCUGACCAGGGUGGCACAAGGGCGAGGAGAAGGGGCUCCGAUGCUGGAGCAUCCCCUUCCCACCCUGUCCCCGUUCCCGGGUGGAUGGGAGAUGGGAAAAGGCCGUUUCCCUCCUGGCUCCAAAUGAAACACCCGGGUUAGGAUCCCGAGGGGUCUCUGAGGAGGUUGGGGGGGUUCCAACCUCCUCCUUCCUCUUCACUGCCUCUUCCAAGGCAAAUCCAAGCAGCUUUCCUGGCCCUCCUCUUGAUCCCCAGAUCGUGGGCUCAUGUGCUCCAGCAUCCAAGGAGCCAGGGCUUGGUGCUCUCCCUUGGGAUCAGGCUCUCCAGCCUCCCGGGAUCGCAGCAUCUCUUGGUCUGGACACAAGGGGAGCUGCCCAUUGGUUGGGUGCCCCUUGGAUUUCGGGUGGGCUGGAGGAGGAGAAUCCUUUGGGAACCCUUGGUGGGUGGUGACCUCAUCUUGGAGGUGGAGGAAGAGCUCCCAUCCUCCGCCAUGGGGCAGGGGUGUCCGUGGGGUACCAGGUCUCCAUGGGGAGCAUCGCUCCCAUCCAGACCCCAUGAGCACAUGGCAGGAGGAGGAUUCCCAUGGGGAAGCCCAAUAUGGAAGGA